UUAGAAGUCCCACAUUGGCUAGAGAUAAGGCCAAUCAAGUGUUUAUAAGGGUUGUGCAAACCUCAACUCUUGAGCUAGCUUUUGUGGUUGAGUAUAGGCCUCCCAAUUUCUAAUAUGGUAUCAGAGCCUAUCCUAGAUCCAUUUGUUGUUUGUUGUGGAGACUUCCUAUAUUCGGGGCACCCGUUGUUGUUGAUCCCACGUUCCAGUCUGUUCAAUCCUGGACGUGAGGGGGUGUGUUAGAAGUCCCACAUUGGCUAGAGAUAAGGCCAAUCAAGUGUUUAUAAGGGUUGUGCAAACCUCAACUCUUGAGCUAGCUUUUGUGGUUGAGUAUAGGCCUCCCAAUUUCUAAUAAGAUUUUAAGUGAAUGUUCCUCCAUUGCUAACAUGUUGAUAAUUUGUCUAAGAAAUCCAUGGCAUCAAAGAUUCCUCAGUUGCAAUCAAAGGUGACUCAAGCAUCAGAAGUAGUGGCCAACAAUGGAGCUUCAUACUACAAGCUGUUGAUGGAGCAGAACAAACACUAUAUCCAGGAUCCACCCACCAUUGAAAAGUGCCAAUCAUUGGCCAAACAAUUGUUCUACACUCGCCUUGCCAGUAUUCCUCAUCGUUACAAUGCAUUUUGGAAGGAAUUGGACCAUGCAAAGAACCUAUUGAAGAACAGGAAAGAUCUAAACAUAGAGAAUGCUGGCAUUGCUGCUUUUUUCGGACUUGAGUGUUUUGCAUGGUUUUGGGGGGGUGAGAUUGUUGGCAGAGGAUUUACAUUCACUGGCUACUGUGUGUAAGUGCAACUACUAUAAGCAUAUUUGAAAAUUCUUCUGCAAUUGAUUCUCAAACCAGAAUCAAUGUUGUGGAGAAGUUUUUGUAAGUUGCUUCUGAGUUUCAUGAUAUGCCAGAAUUGACAAUAAGCUAAUGCAUACAUGCUAUAAGACCAUAAUGUCAUUAGCUUAAUUGUUGAACUUGAAAUUACUAUUUGGUCUA